GAAUCGAAUUGAAAAUUGUCUGUGUGUGUUGUUUGAGUGCCGAAAGCCAGUUAUCUUCGAGCGUACUAUAUUCACUGGUAUUCACACACUGAUGCUUCUCGUACAGUAGUAUUAGUAUCUGGAUACCGAGUUCACCGUGUGCUGUUGUGUUUAAAUCACUGUUCAUGAAUAUGUUCACGAUAAGAAAGAUUGAUUCUGUUUAUCGUCAACUUUCUUUUCAGAUGUUCACGACGAGAAAAAUUCAUCAGUAAGUUUGGCCAAUACUGACGACCGCAGCCUAAAUGGACACUGACAAAACAUCCAAUAACAUUCGAGAGAAGAGAAAUACGCAAAUUCUUGAAAAUUAAAGGUUUGACUCUAUAGCAAUGUAGGCUGAAAUGAUUAAUCAAAAAUUAAUCAGAAAUCAAAUAUAGACCUACUAAGAUCUGAAAUGAACAGACACAGCAAUCUCCAAAGGUUUACAAUCUCAGAAAUCGAGAUAAACAAACAAUCGUUGUAUUUUGUGAUUCCGUUUCUGUCGAAUGACCUACAUCUCCCUGUACCAGUUGUGGUCAAUUUAUCACGAAGCUUGUCAUCCUACUGAACUUGGAAAGAGAUCUGGUUACUAAGGAAGCUAUCAGAGGGUCAAAGGUCAUACACAGAUAACCACGGCAGGUCAAGGGUCAGCAUGGAUGGGGAUCCGGUGAGGCACCCUGGAGAAAAAGAGGAACAGAAAACUUCUUGCAAAGACUGUUGUGAAAGGAUUGCCUGGUCGUCGAUCGUUGCCACUUUCAUCACAGUGAUCGGUGCCGUGUUGGUAGUCGUAUGCGUAGGCUUUAAUAGUCGGCUUGCUAGACCUCUAUUCGCCAACACUUAUAUAGAAGAUGCUGUCAUUACUUGGUUCUCUUGGAUUGAGAUUGGUGCUUAUGUUGGAGUAGUGAUAAUGGUUGCUAUGGUUAUUCUAUUCUUUUCUUCUGGCUGCAUGGCAACGGGAUAUCAGAACGCAUCAACAUGGUGUGCAUUUAAUAAAGCUCAAACGGGCAGGAGGCAGCUUAUCGCUUUUAUGAUCCUGGCGUACAUAAUCAACCUGGGCUGGUAUGUAUUCUUCUUUGGUGCAUCUAUUCCUACUGUCUUCUUCAUGAUGUUAAACAAUGGAGUCUGUACCAAUACAGUAUUUACCGUCUCUACCUGUCUUGAUCUUAGGCAGUUUGGUCUGGCACCUCAAAGUCUUCCUGGAUCAGUCAACAGCACAUUAAUCUGUGAUCAAAACCUUCAGGCAAUAUGUACAAGUAAUCUCGGAUCAAACUUCAUCUUAGGCGUUAUUGGAUGUGUGCUUGUGCUGAUUGGCUUAAAUCACUUCUUGAUGAGCAUAUCAGGUAACUACAACUGGUUGAGAUUACGGAAACGAAGACAAAAGAUUAUGUCUGGUAAGAUAAACCGACGAUCAGGAACGUAUGAUCUCAAUGCUAGUCAAUACACAGAGAGACAAGAGUCACAAGAUUCGAAUACUCAUCUACGUCGAGUUAAUCUACAUCAUGGAUCAUCAUCUAAUAUAUUAACAUCAUCCAACACUUCUAUUCCAACCGUAGCAGCGCAUGUACCUCUAGCAGCGACGUCAACGUCGUCGACCUUCUCCAUACCGGUAGCGACGUCGUCAAAGGCCGACCCAGCCUCGAACUCGUCUUCCAUGCAGUCAUCGAAGAUCUACAAUCAGACGUAUGGUUUCGACGAUGGUGGAUUCGGGCAGCACAACUCUGCGGGUACGCGCGUCACAUUUGCUGAUGCGAAGCCGGCAUCAUCUCCGGCUCCGAGAUCGAGUUCAUCUUCCGCUGCUGCACAACGUUCAACGGGAGAUGGUAGGAAUGAUCUCGGUAAAUAUACAGACAGGAGCUUCGACAGUGCGAGUCGAUAUGAUCAUUUUAAUCCUGCUUUUGACGAGAAUUAUUGGGACAGUCAGCAAUGUGCUCCUCAAGAGAAAAGCACGAAUGAUAACUAUUACAGCAGAGGAUAUAAUAAUAAAUCAUCUAAAACUAAUGGUAGAGCAGCAAGCUACGACCAGGGCAACUACAAUCAAGGAAAUUUUAACCAAGGAAAUUUUAGCCAAGAAAAUGCUAAUCAAGGAAAUUUUAAUCAAGGGUUUUAUAAUUAUGAUUACGACGCGGCAGACACGGCAGGAUACCAGAUGACCACUAUGUCGUCAUACGGACAGGAUAACUCACAAUCAUUGACUCGAAAUCGUAAAGAUAUGGGGAAUAACUUUUACGAGUAUCAACUCUAGUGGCUGAUUACCGAAUGUUAUAAUUGUAUUAUUAUUUUUAAAGAAAUCAUCUGUUUCGGAGAAUGACAGUUAAUGAAAGAAGACUUAAGCCAGAAAAAUUGGAAUAAAACUAGACAAUAAGUGUUUAAAAAAAUUAUUAGCGUAUUUUGAAGCAAAAUGUUUCUAAGGAAGCUUAAAAAUGCCACAACCUGACGAGAUGACUAGAUAAUUUAUUUUGCAAUGUCGACAUAAUAAUGUUAUUAGUCGACUUAUGAAAAGUUGGAUGUCAACAUGGCGAGAUAAUGUAACUCGUCAUCUCGACAAGUCGAUGGCACCUUAAAGGGGAAUGAAACCUUCGGAAUAAGUAGGCUUGUGUCGAAACAGAAAAAUUAAAGAAACAGAUCAACAA